AUGACCGACGCCGCACUAGCGGAGUGCGCCCACGUACCUACCGACUCGCUCAUGAACCACCGACGGGCGUCGGCACCGCAGCCGUCUGCCCCAGUACCGACCGAGGCUUCAACGGAGUCGAAACGGCGCAGCAAGAGCAGCGGAAGCGCUGCGAACAGCGAGAAUCUCAGCGCGAGCGAUGGGAACGCAGCCAAGGGAGGAGGAGGAGGAGCUAAAGCCGCGAGCGGCACGCCGGCCAUCCAUCGCAACCACCCCGAGAAUCUGUGCAGGUAUCCCAACAAACGCUGCUACAACAAGCGCGCAGUCAAGAACAACGGCGAGCUGCACAAGUUCUGCGAUACCCAUCGAGACUCGGCCAAUAGGUACCAGCGCAAGCUCGAGCAGAGACUCAAGGAGAAGCGGAUACAGUCGCGGAUGCGCGCGUUGCAGGCCCAACAAGCUCAAGCACAGGCUCAAGCCCAGGCACAAGCUCAGAUGGUGCAAGCUCAUCCGUUCGGACUGUGGGCACCAGAGUACGAGCCAUUUCAGCAUCCAGUUCAGUUGCAAAGCGAGGAUCUCGAUUGUUUAUAUCUCUUGUUUCUCGAGCAAUGA